AUGAAUCGUGAGGGUGGUAAGAAGAAGCCCUUAAAACAACCCAAAAAGCCAGCCAAGGAAUUAGAUGAAGAGGAUAUUGCCUUUAAGCAGAAACAAAAGGAGGAGCAGAAGAAGCUCGCCGCUGCUAAACAAGUAGCUCAGAAGGGCCCACUUGGUUCCGGCAAAAACAAAAUCAGCAAAUAA